AGAGGACACGCUACGUCACUACAGAGAUGACAAGCGUGGGGGCGGGGCCACGCUACGUCACUAGUUAUGGAGAUGACAAGCGAGGGGGCGGGGCCACGCCACGUCACGAGAUGAAAACGAGAGGUGCGGGGCCACUACGUCACUAGUUAAGGAGAUGACAAGUGAGGGGGCGGGGCCACACUACGUCACUCCCCGCGGUGAUUGAGUCGGGCGAGCCGCAGCUCGCGCUCAGUCGGCGGCUGACAGCAGGAGAUCCACAUGAGGAGCAGCGGCCAGCGGCGCGACGGAGCCGCGGACCCCCGGACCAUGAGGACCGUGAGGGUCUGGAUCCUGGUCCUGACCCUCUUCAGCGCCUCUUCAGCGGCCCCCCCGCUGGCCUCGGACCCCGGGGUUUUUCUUGAGAAGUUUGGAUACCUCCACCGGGACCAUCGGGACCACCAGGACCACCAGGACCAUCAGGACCACAAUGCCGCUGAGAUGCAGGCCGCCAUCUGUGAGUUCCAGUGGCUCGCCCGGCUGCCGGUCACCGGCCAGCUGGACAGCGCCACCUUGAGGCAGAUGGCGGCGCCGCGCUGCGGCGUGUCGGACGAAGAGGUCUGGACCCGGAGGGGGAGGAGCUUCAGGAGGCCACGCCCCCUCAGGAAGCCACGCCCCCGCAGGAGGCGCUCUGCCAGCCAAGUGGAGAAGUGGUACCGGCGCCAGUUGACCUUCCAGGUGGUGAACGGGCCUCGCCACCUGCCGCUGGGCGCCGUGCGGCUGGCGGCGCGCGCCGCCUUCCAGCUGUGGAGUGACGUGUCGGGCCUGGUGUUCCAGGAGGUCCCUGAAGGCACCGCGGACAUCCGGCUGGCCUUCUACGAGGGAGACCACAACGACGGGGCGGGCAACGCCUUCGACGGGCCAGGAGGAACUCUGGCCCACGCCUUCCUGCCCCGUCGUGGUGAAGCCCACUUCGACCUGUCGGAGCGCUGGACGCUGGACGGGCACAAAGGUCACGACCUCUUCGUGGUGGCGGCCCACGAGGUCGGCCACACGCUGGGCCUGCAGCACUCGCCCGUCCGCCACGCCCUCAUGUCGCCCUACUACCGGAGACCUCCCCGUGUGUCCUCAGGUGAGCCCUCAGGUGACCGCCCCGUGACGUUACCGGGCCCGCUGCUGCACGCCGCUCUGCAGGAGGUCACGGAGCUGCAUGACGUCACCGGGCGGCCGCCCUACUGCCGCGGCGUGUUCGAUGCCGUCACCUCAGACCUCAACGACACGGUGCUGGUGUUCCGCGGCCCGGUGUUCUGGACUGACCUCCCGCCGGCCUACUUCAGGUGGGGUGCCGUGUCGGCUCACCUGGGGACCUCACCUGCGCUGAAACCCAUGAAGUCCAAUUUGUGUUAUUGUUGGAUCAUAAUCCAUAACCUGGUGUCUCUAGGGAGGCGGAUGUGGCGCUACUCGGGCAGCGAUCUGGACCCGGGGUUCCCCCGGAGGAGCAGUGAUGGUCUGCCCCGCCACCCGGACUGCGUGUUCUACUACGCCCCCCUGGGUCACCUGGUGCUCUUCAAAGGGCCCCGGUACUCCGUGCUGAACCUCCACACCCUGCAGCAGGAGCCCUACUACCCCCGCCGGCUGAGCGACUGGACCGGCGUGCCCCAGGGCACCAACGGGGCGCUGACCCGGCCCGACGGGCGCCUCUACCUGUUCAGGGAGCAGCGGUUCUGGAGGUUUGACCCGGUCACGGUGCGGGUCACCGGGGAGGGCCAGUGGGCCUCCGACCUGAGCUGGACUGGGUGUAGCGACGCGCCUCAGAGCAACAGCAUCCUUUGACCAGCAGAGGGCGCCGUUGACUUUAGUCCUUCCCUUGUGGACAGGGACCGUUGGUUUCUUCUGUCCCAGCUGGGUCCAACAGCACCACCUCAGACCCAACAGGUGCAUCCUCUUCACUGGUUGUUCCACAUGGAGUCGGAUGAAGAACUCGCUCCUGGUGGUCUCCACCAACGGGCCCCUGGAGGGACCGGGACCCCCAGAGCCCACCUCAGGCCAGACCCUCAACAGCUGCAGGUCCAGAAGGUCCAGCGUGCAGAAUGCAUUGCACACGAGCAACAGAGCACAAUGCCGGAGAAGAGACGCACACAACUGAGUUGACAGUUUCUAAAUACCGUUGUUGAGUCACAGAAUGUUAUUUUAGGAUUUAUUUCAGGUGAGACGUUUUAGUUCUGAGGUCAGAUUGUUACGGUUAAGCUUAAAGAAACAAUCUGGAGAUCUCAGGUUCUGCUCGGUGAGUCUCACCAGCACCGAGCGCUCAGGGUGACUUAUCUAUGUAUUAAUAUAUGUACACAAUCCAAAUAAAGAGUUUUAAUCAAAUGGAA